AUGGAGAAUGUUCUAGGUCUUCUAAGACUUCAUGUGAUUAGAGGUGUUAAUCUCGCCAUUAGAGAUUCCAAAAGUAGCGAUCCUUACGUCAUUGUUCGUAUGGGCCAACAGAAGGUACGAACCCGUGUGAUGAAAAAGAAUUUAAAUCCAGAAUGGAACGAAGACUUGACACUCUCUGUUACUGAUCCAAUUCAGCCUGUCAAGAUCAUGGUUUACGAUAGGGACUGGUUCUCAAGAGAUGAUAAGAUGGGAGAUGCGUUUUUUCACCUUGAUCCGUUUCUUGAAGCCAUCAGAAUCCAAAACCAACUCGGAGGACUCCCUGAAGGAACCGUACUGAUGAAGAUACAAGCAAGUAGGCAAAACUGCUUGUCAGAAGAAAGCAAGAUUGUGUGGCACAAAGGAAAGAUUGUUCAGAAUAUGUUCCUUAGGCUCCAAAAUGUUGAGUGUGGAGAGGUCGAGCUUCAGCUUGAGUGGAUUGAUGUCUCGGGCCUUUUGAGUGUAUAUUAG